CUUACACAGUUUAUAUAUAAGGUAUUUUUUCCUCAAUGUCUAUUUGCAAGUUUAGUGCUGAAAAGUUAAAAGUGGAUUUUGAAUAGUGUGUUUGAUAGUACUGUGAAGUGUACUUGGAAAAUACAUAAUGUCCCAGGAUCCUAAUUACUUGAUUGAUGUAUCACGGAAACUGUCAGAGGUACUCAGUGAUGUUGGUGUGAACGAGAGAAUAUUGCAGAAGAGGCGGAGGAUGGUUUUGUUGCAAGAAACUAUGGAAGCAACUCAGUAUAGAUUACUGGGCCAGCCUACAUCCAUCUAUCAUUUUGGUAGUCAGUCGGAAGGGUCAACAACAAUACAACUCAAUUCGGACACUGAUGUACUCAUCUGCGACAAUAGGUAUAAUGUGAUACAGGCUUGGAGUGAAUGGCAGCCAGGAAUGAUCAACCUACUGAUGAUCCAGGAUGAGACCACAUCAUCUGGCUACUGUCUCUUACAACGUCUGAGGGAUGAUGAGCCCCUUCCUGUUCCACCUUGUUUUACUCUCCUACCAGAGCAAUUAUAUACUAGAGAUAAAGAAGGAAGAGUGCUGCUGAAGAGCUCAUAUCUAAAUGCCAAUAUUCUGAAUACUUUUACACCUAUUAUUAAACAUGGUCCAGCAUCAUCAUCAGAAGGACUGUUAGGCUUUGCUGAUCAAGAUUGUGUUCCAGCAUACAACUGUAAAACAUGGCCAGCAGAAGCCCAACCUUGGUUAGUAAGACAAAGUGUGGGAGGGUGGCCUACUGAAGAAAUCAAGAGAUAUUGUGAGACGACAGGGUGUUUUGUUGUACCAGUAAGCAGUAAGAGCGGUCGAAAUGAGGAACUUGAAUGGAGAAUAUCUACUUCAUUAGCUGAGAGAUGUCUGAUGCUCAGCUUAAACAUUACACAGAUGAGAUGUUACAUUUUGAUGAAGAUGAUUCUUAAAACGUUGAUAAAUCCUCAAUGUAAUGGAGUCCUUUCAAGUUUCAUGUGUAAAACUGUUUUAUUUCAUUGUAUACAAAAUACACACUCUAAUGAAUGGCAGGAGCACACAUUACUUACAUCUUUGAAAUGCUGUCUUAUAAAACUGCAAAGCUGUGUAGAACAUACCUUAUGUCCACAUUUUAUAAUACCUGGAAACAAUCUUAUGGGUGAAAGAAUUUCUGUUCCUGUGAAACAGAAACUUCUUGAAAUCUUGCAGCGCAUCAUAAAAAGUGAUGGUUCUGCAAUUAUGGAGAUUCCUAUUGAUGACCUUGGAUUGAGAUUUAGAAAGAAGAUGAACAUGUUACCAGUAUAUCUAGAUAUUCAGCAAAAUAUAUCAGCAGCUUCUGUUGUUUCAGAAGAACUAAUGCUGAACACUGGAAGACAAGUGUGCAUCUGCCUGAACUAUCUUAUUCUGUUUGGGACAAAUCCAUUGGUUGAAAUGCCAAAAUUCCUCUUAAUUCUAUUAAAAACAUACAGCAGAGCAACACCAAAUACACUUACCAAAGCAGCAUGCAGACUGCUUAUUCCACCUCUUUGUUCUACACUAGGUUCCAUGAUAGCAUCUCAAGAUAUUUCAAUCAACAACACCACAUCCCUUGUUGCACAGACUUUGCUUUGUACAGGUGUAAACUCAGAUGUAUUAUCUGGCAGGCUUAAACUUGCAUCAGCAUUUUACUGUUCAGGAAACAUGGAAGGCGCAGAGUUUGUUCUUAGGAAUGCUGAAGACACGUAUGAUCAAAAUACAGCUGAACAUGUAUGUUGUUGCCGCGAAUACGGUAUAAUACCAAUUAUAAAAUCGGAAUUCCUACAAAAAUGUAACGCGGGCAAUGAAGAAGUCAUCAAGCAUAUCGUAGCGUUUUGUGUUAGAUUCAUACCGAGUGAAAUAAAUUGUGUUCCACAGGAACUGCAAUAUGAAAUGUUUAAAUCUACACAAGAAGACAUGCUUCGAACAAGACUACAACCUGAACUCACUGACUGCAGAGCAGACUGGGCUCAAGUCGAUUCUCUCCCUUACCUCUACUUCCUACAGUACAAGACUUACGGCCACCUUCAGAGACCAGACGGUCAGCAAUGUGCACUUGAAUACCUUACAAAAACCACCGAUACAGAACCAAACCUAGGCCACAGAGAAACAGCGCUUAAUUUACUGGGACAGUGCAUGGAGCAAGAAAACAGGCAUACUGAUGCUCUACGAUGCUAUGUCAGAUCUCUGAAUAUACGGCCAAGAAACAAUGCAGCAAAGAUACAUAUAUGCAGACUACUUAAUGAGUUAGUGAACAGACCGGUAGAAACAUCUCAGUAUUUAAGAUAAACGAAAACAUCAAGAAACGGAAAUAUUGAUGUAGCUCUACUACACUGUGAUACAUACUUGUGAAAGACGAUGUUCUGUACUUUCAAGAGAGAGGCAAUCUUUCUGAACGUACUUGCAAGAGACAAAUACACACUAAGUUCACAUAAGUUUUCUAUAUCUUAUUUCAAACGCCUAUUUCACAAAGUUUGAAAAGCCGGAACAAAUAUACAAAUUAGAUCCAGAUAUGAAAAUAGUAGUACAUGACGAGGACCAGUGGAAAGGAUAAUAUCUCAUCUUUCAUAUAGGAUUGUAAACAUGAACUGUCUAAUUCGUCUUUCCACUGGCCAAACUGAGAGAGCAUAUUUAAACAGACACGGGGCGUUGAGGCAUAAGGUAGCGCUGGCACUUUGAACUUAUGACGACCCUUACAGUAAAGCAUGAUUGUAAUGAAUAUUAAACUAAUAUAUAGUUAAUCUGUGAUAAAUAGCGAUGUUCAUCAGAGGAGGUCAUCAGAUAUUCACUACAUCUGAUGAAUAAUAUGCGGUUAACACAUUACGGGUGCAUUCGCUGGAUAUUCACUAAAAGUCUUCUGUUUGUUACAUAUUAAUCGCAGACACUUAGUUUUUGUGAUGUGUUCGUUAAACAUUAACUGCUAAUAGUAUCUGAGUCAUACUGAUCAUUGCAUAAUAAUUGCAGAUACUUUAACAA